GUGUUGCUGAAGAUGAGAAGGUCUGCAGCACCAAGUCAGGUGCAGGGAAAUUCCUUUAAAAAACCAAAAUUCAUACCUCCAGGAAGAAGUAAUAUAAGCCUGAAUAAAGAGAUUACAAAGAUGGACCCAGAUAUAAAACCAUUUCAGGGUGCUGAACAGUCAGAAAAUGGUCCAGGCGUGUGCAGUUCAGAGCUUCAGCCUGCUGAGGGAAGCAGCAGGGGAAUGGGUGAUGGUACAUGCCUGCAUUCACCACUACCUCCUGUUCAUUCAGCCUGUGAAGAAAUCAUAGAGUCUAAGGCACAAGAAGAGGAACCUAGUAGUUUGCUUAAAUAUUUCAGUGUCGUUUGGUGUAAAGCUUCAAAGAAAAAACACAAGAAAUGGGAAGGCGAUGCCAUUCUUAUUGUAAAAGGAAGGUCUUUCACAUUGAAAGAUAUGGAAGGCAAAGACAUCGGAAGAGGCAUCGGCUAUAAGUUCAAAGAGCUUGAAAACAUAGAAGAGGGCCAGACACUGGUGAUUGGUGGAAAAGAAAUAGAGAUCCUGGGUGUAGUCUCUCCUGACGACUUCAACAGUGGCAAGUGUUUUCAGCAUGGAAAUGGAAGCCCUGUGGUCCCUGGUUCUCCGGCAGCCAGGAAGUGCUUUUCUAACCCUUUCAAAAGGCUUCACCAGUCAGAGGGAAAUAGACCGGAUGACUGGCAAAGCUGCAAACCACGCCAUGACCCUUGCAUGCCAAAUUCUCUAGUUAUGCCGAGACCGGACCAGAAUCACCAGUGGCUGUUCAAUAGGAGCUGCUUUCCUCUUGUGGAUGUGGUGGUAGACCCUCAUCUUGUCCGUCACCUUCGAUCAUUUCAGAAAGAGGGAAUCAUCUUCCUCUACGAGUGUGUUAUGGGAAUGAGGGCAAACGGCAAAUGUGGUGCUAUUCUUGCUGAUGAAAUGGGUUUAGGAAAAACAUUGCAAUGUAUCUCGCUCAUCUGGACCCUACAGUGUCAGGGACCUUAUGGAGGCAAGCCAGUAAUCAAGAAGACACUUAUUGUCACCCCUGGAAGCUUGGUGAAUAAUUGGAGGAAAGAAUUUCAAAAAUGGCUGGGCAGUGAAAGGAUCAAGACAUUCACUGUUGAUCAGGACCACAAAGUUGAGGAAUUCAUCAAAUCCACAUUUUACUCUGUUCUUAUCAUCAGUUAUGAAAUGCUACUUCGUUCCCUAGAUCAAAUUAAGACAAUAAAAUUUGACCUUCUGAUCUGUGAUGAGGGGCAUCGUUUGAAGAACAGUAGCAUUAAGACAACGGCAGCCCUCUUCAGCCUCCCUUGUGAGAAGAGAGUGAUUCUGACGGGUACCCCAGUUCAGAAUGAUUUGCAAGAGUUUUUUGCAUUAGUUGAUUUUGUUAAUCCAGGAAUAUUAGGCUCUUUGUCAUCUUAUAGGAAAAUAUAUGAAGAGCCCAUCAUUAUUUCAAGAGAACCUUCUUCUUCCAAGGAAGAAAAAGAGCUAGGAGAGAGAAGAGCAGUUGAACUCAGUUGCCUCACCGGACGUUUUAUCCUCAGAAGAACUCAGGAAGUCAUCAAUAAAUACCUUCCCCCUAAGAUAGAGAACGUCGUCUUUUGCCGUCCAGGAGCACUGCAAACGGAGCUUUACCGGAAGCUGCUGAGUUCUCAGUCUGUCAGGUUUUGUCUUCAAGGCCUGCUGGAAAAUAGCACGCAUCUCAUCUGCAUAGGAGCCCUAAAGAAACUGUGCAAUCACCCUUCCCUUUUGUUCAGUUCUGUGAAGGGAAAAGAAUUUAGCUCAAGCGAUGACAAUGAAGAAAGGAAUCUAUGCAAAGGCUUGCUGCCUGUGUUCCCUGCUGGUUUCGACCCUCUCCAGUGUUCUGGGAACGAGUCUGGGAAACUGCAGGUGUUGGUAAAGCUCCUGGCAGCAAUUCAUGAACUUCGUCCCACCGAAAAAGUGGUUUUGGUCUCCAACUACAGACAAACCUUGAAUAUUUUAGAAGAUGUGUGCAAGCGUCAUGGAUACGCUUGUGUAAGACUUGAUGGCCAAACACCAGUCUCUCAAAGGCAGCAAAUUGUGGACAAUUUCAAUAGCAAAUACUCGACUGAUUUUAUUUUUUUAUUAAGUUCAAAAGCUGGUGGUGUGGGACUUAAUCUUAUUGGAGGAUCUCACCUAAUUCUCUAUGAUAUUGACUGGAACCCGGCUACUGACAUCCAGGCUAUGUCUAGAGUUUGGAGAGAUGGUCAGAAACACCCUGUGCACAUUUACAGACUCCUGACUACAGGUACAAUAGAGGAAAAGAUCUACCAAAGGCAGAUCAGUAAGCAGGGCCUUUCCGGGGCAGUUGUAGACCUGACCAAGUCAUCCGAACACAUCCAGUUUUCAGUGGAAGAGCUUAAAGACUUGUUCACGUUGCACGAAAACUCCCAGUGUGUGACCCAUGAUCUGCUGGACUGUGAGUGCACAGGAGGGGAAGGCCGCACUGAUGAUGUGUUGGACGCCUGUGUCACCUCUAGACAGUGUCAGCUCAGCCCUCAGCACCAGAAGCCCAGCCCCCUGAAACCUCUGUCCAUGUCACAGCUGAGGCAGUGGAAACAUUUUUCUGGAGACUGUUUAAAUCUCGCAGACCCGUUUCUGGAGAGAAUAAAGGAAAACGUGUCAUUCUUUUUCCAGAAUAUAACCAACCAAGCUCCCGCCAUCUAAUGACGGACUACUUCCUAACAUCCCUCUGCUCCCCCUAAAAAUUAAUAAAGGAAUUAAAUGU